AUUCCCUUUUUCUCCUUCUCUUCUCUCAACACAUAAAAAACACACAAAAAUCAAUUUGGUUUCAUCAACACAUUUCUCCCACUAGGGAAUUUUGGGUCACCACCCCAUAUUUCCCACUUCACUCUUUCUCAAUUUUCUCUCAAUCUCACUUUCAAUAAUUUGGGAAAAGGUGAGUUUGAUUUGGAAGAUUGUUUAUUGAGAUAUGGGUUUUGUGAUUAGGGUAUUUGGGUAUGUCUGUGAAGUUGUAAAUUUCACUUUGUGUUUUAUUCAUUAAUUCUGGCAAUGUUGUUAGUGGCAACUAGUUUAAAUUUUGAAGUUUUGAUUUGCUUUGUAGUAAAAUUGGGGUUAGGAUUGUUCUAGGUUUUGGGUGUUCUAGAUAUGAUAAAACAGAUUCUUGGUAAAAUACCACGAAAGCCUUCAAAAUCAUCACAAAGUGAUUCUAAUGGUGAUGAAGGGUUGGUCAAUGGUGGUUCAUCACUGAAUUCAUCUUUUGGGGUUACUUCCAAUGGCACCUUGAAAUCUAAUUCAAAAUCUUCAAGUUCUGGUUUAGGUGGGUUGUAUUCUGGGAAUGGGAGUUCUGCUCCAUCCUCAACGAGUUCAAAUAAAACUAACCAAUCUAGGAAAUCAGCUCCUGCAAUUGCGUCCCAAGUUGGUUUGAUAAUGGCUCAUGGUGUUUACGAGGCUUUGCCGGGUUUUCGAGAUGUUUCUAGCUCGGAAAAGCCUAGUCUUUUUAUAAGGAAGUUAAAUAUGUGUUGUGUUGUAUUUGAUUUUAAUGAUCCUGCCAAGCAUCUUAAAGAGAAGGAUAUCAAGAGGCAAACUUUGCUUGAGCUUGUUGAUUACAUUUCAUCUGUGAAUUCAAAGUUCAAUGAAGUGACAAUGCAGGAGAUCACCAAGAUGGUGGCUGCAAAUUUGUUUCGAACUCUACCGUGUUCAAAUCAUGAUGGUAAGGUUGCAGAAGCAUAUGAUCCUGAAGAAGAGGAGCCUGCAUUGGAACCGGCAUGGAGUCAUCUGCAAAUUGUGUAUGAAAUUCUCUAUAGGUUUGUCGCUUCAUCAGAGACGGAUGCAAAGCUUGCUAAACGAUACAUCGAUCAUUCAUUCGUGUUGAGACUGCUUGACCUCUUUGACUCGGAGGACCAAAGAGAAAGGGAAUACUUGAAGACUAUUCUCCACCGUAUUUAUGGGAAGUUCAUGGUACAUCGGCCGUUCAUUAGAAAAGCUAUCAAUAACAUCUUUUAUCAGUUCAUAUUUGAGACGGAAAAACACAAUGGAAUUGCAGAGAUGCUGGAGAUUUUGGGCAGUAUAAUUAAUGGAUUUGCUUUGCCUUUAAAGGAAGAGCAUAAGUUGUUCCUUAUCCGGGCAUUGAUCCCACUUCACAAGCCAAAGUGUGUCUCUAUGUAUCAUCAGCAGCUUUCUUAUUGCGUUACACAGUUUGUUGAGAAAGAUGUUAAGUUAGCUGAUACUGUGAUUAGAGGUCUUUUGAAAUAUUGGCCUGUAACUAAUAGUGCAAAGGAGGUAAUGUUCCUUGGUGAACUGGAGGAAGUUUUAGAAGCCACUCAAGCAGCUGAAUUUCAGAAAUGUGUGGUGGGAUUGUUUCGUCAAAUCGGUAGAUGCCUCACAAGCCUACACUUUCAGGUAGCUGAGCGCGCACUGUUUCUUUGGAACAACGACCAUAUUAGAAAUUUGAUAAUACAAAACUGCAAAGUAAUACUACCAAUAAUCUUCCCUGCAUUGGAGAAAAAUGCACGCGGCCAUUGGAACCAAGCUGUCCAGAGUUUGACUCUGAAUGUGAGAAAAAUAUUCUCAGAUGCUGAUCAGGCACUUUUCGAUGAAUGCAUGCUCAAAUUCCAAGAAGACGAAAUCAAGGAACGGCAGAAGCAAGAAAACCGGGAAUCCACGUGGAAGAAGUUGGAAGACAUUGCUGCUGCAUCCAAAUCUAUAAGCAAUGAAGCAGUUCUUGCCUCAAGGUUCGCGUCCUCUGUUGCCCUUGCUACAAUGUAAAUCAACUAGCAAUUACAGGUUGCUGCGUGGCAUUAGAUAUUCAAAUUGUUAUACGAAUCGCAUGACUAAGAACUCAAUGGAUGCUUCCAGUUGUAGGUAUAUCUUAUUUAACUAUUAAAUUACUGCAAGAAAUUAAGAUAAUGGGGGGUUUUAUGGACAAAUGGUUGGCUGCUACUGCUAGUAGUUUUCUGGGGUUUCUUGAGAUGUAUAUUGUGCUAUAAGGGAUGUAAUUUAUAAUUGGUAGUGCUUGUUUAGCUUUCUAUCCAUUGAAUUUUGCAGUGAUAAAAAACAAUCCUUUCCUUUUGCUAUCCUUUGUUCUGUGCUUUUAA